AUGUUUUCUGCAGUGUGUCGUGGGAGAUGGGGAUGUGGGCAGUGUGAGAAUGAAUAUGAUGGAAUGACUGACGAAGAAGAAACCGAUGAUGAAAUUCAUGAUUAUAGUGAGAAUGAAUAUUCUGAUAUAGAAAAUCGUUUUACAUUAGAAGAAAUGGAAAAUAUAAUCGAAUGGAUUGACCAACAUCCAAAUGCGAGAUUUGCAACUAUUUCCCAUCGAUUUAUGAAAAUCAAAUCCAUGAAUUAUAUUCCAAGAUUUAGAAAAUAUAUCGAAAACAAUGGCACAAGAUUAGAAAAAUUAAAACAAAUUAAAGAAUUUAUGCUGAGCGAAUUUUAUCUGAAAAGAACCAUUGAAAAAGAAGCCGUUCAUGAUGCUGACCUUGAACUCUAUGCAAUUCAUAAAGCAAAAGAAUUAAAUUGGGACUGUCGGAAACGGGGUUGUCGAUUUCCGACAUAUUUUUGA